CCAUCAGUAUCACUCGAGACGUAGAGGGGUGUGGUUACGCCGCGCUUUGCUCUCCUCCCGGCAUCUCUCUCUACAUGUUAAAAGCUGACAUACUCUGCUAUUUAACGUGGAAAUACGCCUAGGCCCGUGGAAUUUACGGAUAUAGAGGCCUAGUGCGAGUGCGGGGAGGCCUAAAGCGUGGAAAUAAGUGAGGGUCGUGAUGCGCAGGCUGCGGGAAAAGCCUAAAACGCCUCAAUUGUGAUAGACCUAUGCUGGUGUAGUGGCCUGUGUUUUUGGACGGACAUUUAAAUCUCCCCUCACUCAGACCACGUGGUUUUGUUUACAUUGUGAGACCUGCUUGUGAGGAACCCAUGGUUAAUUGCUACUACUACUACUACUACUACUACUACUACAACAACUACUGCUGCAAUGGUGAAAGAUGAAGAACCACUACAACUACUACUACAACUACAACACCACCACAACCACUACUACUACCACCACCACCACAACCCAGGAUAAACAGUUCGGUACUGCCACCACCACCACCACCACCACCUCUUCCCCCAGGCUGAUGAUGACGAUGAUGAUGGUGGUGGUGAUGGUGGUGAUGGUGGUGGUUGUGAUGGCCCCUCCUGUCAGUGCUGGUCACAACGCGGAGCUGUGUGUGGUGGAGACGCCCUUGGUCACGCCCUACGUCAGGUCACACAGGUCAACCCCCACUUCCUGCCUGGGGUGUACCUAUCCCCCCAGGCCUCUCCCCACUCACCCCUCUCCCCCCAUCACUCGGAAAUGUUCUCCCAAGUUCACGUUGUAGAUUUUGAGGAUGGGGAGAUGGGGGAGGGGGUGGUGGUGGUGGUGGUGGACGAUGAUGGGGGGGACGUGGGGCUCGGGGGGCAGGUUGUGGUGGUGCUGUCGACUCCCCCUCCUCCUCCCCUGGUCUUGUCUUCAAAAUACGAUCCCCGUUUUCUUUUCAAGGGCGGACUGAUAAGAAAUAUUUGUUUGUGGUGAGCCAAGGGGUGAAGGUGGAGGUGACAGGGCUUCCACACAGCAUUCUCCACUCCUCCACCACCUCCACCUCCACCAUUGACCUCCUGGACAGCACAAGGCAGAGGUUUGGGGUCAUCUCAUCCUACACACAGGUCAUCUCUGCUGGUGAAGUGACCCUGCACCUCUCUGGUCAUGGUGAGGGCAGCACUGAGUGUGGCAGUGAUGGCGUGGUGGUGGCGGCCAGCCCUGUGGUGAAGUGUGCGGUGGUGGAGCCCCUGCCGGUGGAUGGCUGCUUCCACCGCGACAUGCUGGGAAGGAGUGACAGGGACAUUCACAUCAUCGAGGUGACAAACUCCAACCGCAGUGUGGUGGUGGAGUUACUGGGAGAUGGAGGCAGUGGUGGUGGUGGUGGCAGCAUUGGUGUCCUGCGUAACAUCACCCUGGUGUUGAGGGCGGCACACUCCACCGCCUGGCAGCUGGUGACCACCCAGCUGCACGGAACUGUGACACUCCUUGUGGGUGGCGAGGACCAGGUGGAAAACACGUCAGUCCCUGGUGGGGCAAGGGUCGCAGUGGUGGUGCGCCGGGAGGACCUGCCAGUGACGUUCGACCAGCUGCUGCUUACUGUCCUCACUAGCAUCGGCCCUCCAACAUCCUACACCCGCGCCAACGCCACCACCCACCUCAGCCUGACUGUGGGUGCUGGGACGGAUAACCACAUCAAUUUCCCCCAUCUCAGAAACCACAACAUUCCUACAGUGUACGCAGAGGAACCAGCAUCAGUAAUCCGGGCAGGGCUGUCUGUGGCCUGCACCCCCUCCGCCAUGACACUGUCGCUGCCCUACGCCACAGCAGAGAGGGUGGGGGGCGUGGUCAUAGCACUGCUGGACAGGGCCUGCGUGGGGUCGAGGAAUGGCACCCACAUUGUACUGAAAGCCGAGUUUACGCGCUGCAAGUUUGAAAAGAAGCAAGGAACUCGUGGAAAAUUUGUUUACACCAAUCUGCUGAGCAUAGAGUUGGGACCCCUGAGUGACGACGAGGACCUGGUGGGGUCAGGCUAUGGGUCAGAGGAUGAGUACUACCCAUCAGCCCUGCCCUCCCUGCCGGUGACCUGUGAGGGGGACACCUUGCCCCCCCUGCCCCCCCUGCCACCCCUGCCACCCCGCCCCCGCAGGCUCCCUGCCGUGCUGCCACCGCCACCGCCACCGAGUCAUAGGGGUUAUAGUAAGGUCCCCAGUGGAGUGCAGGGAGCCAGCUACACCCUGACCCUGUACACCGAUGCAUCCCUAACACACCCGAUCGCCUCCACACCCGCAGCGGAUGCCCUCUUGCCUACAUCCGUCGCUCUGCACACCCGUCUGUAUGCCCAGGCAGCCUUGGCAAGUGUGCUACCAUGGACCGACACCACCACCACCACCACCAGUAACCUGCGCGUGGUGUUGGAGGAAUGCUGGGUUAGCAACACCACUUCCCCCACACCACCACACACCACCACUGCUGCUGCUCACCUCCUGCUGCGGAAAUCCUGCAGAGUCCACCCGUCAGUUAGUGUGGAGGCGCCGACCUUCAGUUUUCAGAUAUUGCCAGAUUAUACUGCAAUGGACAUCUUUUACCUACACUGUCAGCUUGGUGUGUGCUCUUCAGACACCCUCCCAAGGCCCACUGUCAUCAAGUGCACGGAGCCCUCCCUGUACUGCAGCAAACCAGCUCUCCUAAAGGCAUUCGAGAGGCAGCCGGCCUCGUCCUCUCUCCAGACCCUCACCUUGGGGCCCCUCACCUCGGCCACCACCACUAAAUCUGCACUUUUCGGAGGCAUCACUCACACCACCAGCAGCAGUCAGGGCCUCCACCACACCCUGAGCACCACCCGGGCUGCGGCGGCGGGGGUGGCGGAGGCGGAGGAGGAGGAGAAAACUCAAAUUGUGGUGUUGAGGGGUUUGUCGACUGAGAUGGUGGUGGGGAUUGCCCUUGCCUCCUUCAUCAUUGGUGUGUGUCUGACGGCAACGUUGUGGGUGAUCCAUAUGAAGACUGACCCCAGGAGGCAAAAGCGGACAGACAGCAGCAGUGCCCCAAGGAAUUCUGGGUAUGACCUCUCGGCCCACUCUGGUUCCUCCACCCCGUCCUCUCAGGCUCCCAUGACAGCCUGACGCCCCCCCCCAUGAUAACCCCCCUCUCCCCCUAUGGUCCAGGAGGGGGAAGAUCAAGCAUGCUCCACCCCCCUCCACUAGUUGUGUCUGACUAAAGGUAAAUUCUUCUUCUUCUUCUUCUUCUUCUUCUUCUUCUUCUUCUUCUUCUUCUUCUUCUUCUUCUUCUUCUUCUUCGUUGUGUACUUAAUUUUUUUUUAUUUCUUCCUCUUCUUCUUCUUCUUCUUCUUCUUCUUCUUCUUCUUCUUCUUCUUCUUCUUCUUCUUCUUCGUUGUGUACUUAAUUUUUUUUUGUUUCUUCCUCUUCUUCCUUCUUCUUCUUCUUCUUCUUCUUCUUCUUCUUCUUCUUCUUCUUCUUCUUCUUCUUCUUCUUCUUCUUUGUUUAGUACUUAAAAUUAUUAUUAUUUUUUUUCUGUUUAUCUUUGGGGUUUUUAUUUCCUCCUCCUCCUCCUCUUCUUCCUCUUCUUCUUCUUCUUCUUCUUCUUCUUCUUCUUCUUCUUCUUCUUCUUCCUUCACAAUUUUUCUUUUCCUCUCUUUAUCAUUUACUUCAUAUUAUUAAUUUAUUUACUAGUUCUCCUCCUCCUCCUCCUCCUCCUCCUCCUCCUCCUCCUCCUCCUCCUCCUCUUCCUCCUCCUCCUCCUCCUCCUCCUCCUGAAACAGCUGUGUGGCCUUGAAAAUGUGACCUGAGUUGGGGGUGGUCAUUGUGGCUCAAGUCUGACCUCAAGUAUGACCAAGUGUGACCUCGAGUGUGACCUCCAUGUGACCUCGAGUGUGGCCCAAUGUGACCGAGUGUGACUCCAAUGUGACCGAGUGUGAACCCAAUGUGACCGAGUGUGACCCUAAAUGACCUCGAGUGUGACCCUAAGUGUGACCUCAAGUGUGACCUCAAAUUUAGACCGAUAAAGAAAAGAGACAAGGAAAAUAACGAUAUAUAUUUACUAUUAUUUGUGAAGCAUUUACAGAUAAGAGAGAGAGAGAGAGAGAGAGAGAGAGAGAGAGAGAGAGAGAGAGAGAGAGAGAGAGAGAGAGAUGAAAAGACAUAACAUUGAUAGAAAUAGAAAGAAAGAGAAAAAAAAAGACAAAUAAGUGAAAAGUAAGAAUAAUAGUAAAAUAUAUGAACUGUAAGAAAUAUUUUUACUACUACUACUACUAUUAUUACUACUACCACUACUACCACAAACAAACAUUCCUUAAAAUACACUUAAUGAUAACUACUACUGCUACUACUACUACUACAGAAACAGUGACAUGGGAUAGUAGUAGUAAUACUAGUAGUAAUAGUGAAUGACAUACUACUACUACUACUACUACUACUACAAGUGUGUGUGGGGUUUACUACUACUGCUAUUAUUCGUGGUAGUGAAGACUAUUGGAGGACUAUGACUGUGAAUGGUGACUAUUAAUUAAACUAUCAUAUUACUAUUUUGUGGAGCUGAAUAGUUACUGAGAGAGAGAGGUGUAAGGAUGGACAUGGUAACACUGCUAGAUUGAUGCCUCCCCCCCCCCCAACUCAAAAUUUAUUCAAAUAUUGAGUCUGGCAUCUUAAGUGAAAGUUUUUUUUAGGGAAAGAUAGUGCUAAUUUACCCCGUGUUUGUGUAUGUGUGUGUGUGUGUGUGUGUCAACCAGUGUGUGUAAAUCAGAGAGAGAGAGAGAGAGAGAGAGAGAGAGAGAGAGAGCGCAUCAGUCAAGCAGUGUUACCAGAUCGGUAUCCACACCAACACAAACAGUAACUCAGUAUAUAUUUACAACUUAGUCUUAUGAUAUUGCAUUAAACUCUGAUAUUACUUAUAAAACCAAGCGGAUAUUAAGUUUUAAGUAUUACCACUGUCAUAUUGUGAACACUGCUAGGUAUGUUUGUGUUGUGUUGUCCCCGUCACCCGUGGGAGUAGGAAAGGUGUGUAAGAGAAAACGUUGCAUUUUUAUGGUCAACUAAGGAAAUCUGGUGUCUUGUUAGGGAAUUUUAAAUGGAAAUUGAUGUUUGAUAUUGGAAAAAAAAAAAAACAGAAGAGAAAAAUAGUUAGAUCAUGAGAGAAAAUAUCUAAGUUGGUGUUUAAUGUAAGUAAAGUGAGAGAAAUUUGUGUUAAGUGAAGGAAUUAUUGAAAAAAAAAGUUAAAUAAGGAGAAAGUCUUGGAAAAUCUUGGUGUUGGGUGAAAAAUAAUUAAGUUUAGAAAAUAUUGAGAAGGUAAUGACAGAUGAAGGGAAAAAUGGGAAGAAAUUUCUAUAUAUGAGAGAAAUGUUGAAGGAAAAUAAUGUUAUGUAUGGAAAAAGUUAAAUAAAACUGAUAAAUGAAGGAAACAAUGAAAAAGACAAAUAAGUGAAAAACAAAUGAUGAAUAAAAAUGAAGAAAACGAUGAUAAAUGAAAGAAAAAUAGAAAAUGACAUUAAAUGAAAAAAAUGAAAAUAAAGAAAAAAACGAUAACAAAUGAAAUAGAAAAAAAUAACAAUUAAAAAUAAAGAAAAAAAACUGCAAAUAAGAAAAAAAUGAAAACAAUAACAAAUUGAGAGAACAAAUAAAUAAACAUCAAAAUAAAUAAAAAAAAACAAUUACAAAUGAAAAAAAAGAAAAUAAAUAAACUAAUUAUUUUUUCUAUUAUUCAGUGUAUUAAUGUGUAUAAGAUGCAGGAGAGAGAGAGAGAGAGAGAGAGAGAGAGAGAGAGAGAGAGAGAGAGAGAGAGAGAGAGAGAGAGAAUUAAAAAAUAGCUAAUGAAGAAAAGACAUAGUGAAAAAAAAAAAAAAAAAAAAAAUGGAGAGAGAGAGAGAGAGAGAGAGAGAGAGAGAUAGGAAAAUAAAAAAAAAGAAUAUGAAGAAAAUAGAAUAACAAAGAAAGGAGAAAAACACAGAAAGAUAAAAAACGAAGGAAAAUCAAAGAAAAUAAACAUCAAAUAGACACAAAAAAAAACGAAACUAAUUAAACUAGAGAGAGAGAGAGAGAGAGAGAGAGAAAGAGAGAGAGAGAGAGAGAAGCAUAACCCAACAUAGCAGCUCCUUGUACCUGGCAGUCACACCUGUAAUAACACUCAUGUAUAUUUGUGUCACCUGUACUAAACACCAGCACUUGUGUAAUCCAUGUAUUGCUUAUUUGUUAUGUGUCAGACCUCGCAGGGGUGUGUGUGUGUGUGUGUGUGUGUGUGUGUGUGUGUGUGUGUGUGUGUGUGUGUGUGUGUGUGUGUGUGUGUCUGUUUUAAUACUCAGAAGCAAACAUAAUAUUAUAAUUUUUUCUAAUAAUCUACCGACACACACACACACAGACAGACAGACACACGCACACACGCACACACGCACACACAGCCAUCUACGGACUCAUAUUGAACCACUCAUAUCCAUCACCUCAUCUGUUUGUCUGCUUGUCUGUUUAUUGCCUAGAAGAUAUUGCAUUCAUAAUAAAAAUAAAUAAAAUAAAAUAAAAAACAAUAAAAUAACUGAUUAAAAAAUAUCUGUUAAAAAAUUUUGUAUACUUUUAAUAUUUUUUUAUUUAUUUUUUCCCUUUUAUUUAUCUAUUUUUUUUUUUUUUAAUGAUGCAUAAUUGAAACUGGUAGACUAUUAUUAUUACUGAUGGUUAGGUCAGGUCAGGUCAGGUCAUGUUAGGUUAUGUUACAUUGGAUUAUAUCAUGUUAGGUCAGGUCAGGUUAGGUUAUGUCAGGUUAGGUCACAUUAGAUUUGGUUAGGUUAGGUCUGGUCAGGUUUGGCUAGGUUAGAUUUUGUUAGGUUAAGUUAGGUCAGGUCAGGUCAGGUUAAGUUCAGUUAGGUCAGGUUAAAUUAGGUUAAGUUACGUUAGGUCAGGUUGAGAAAGAACGGGUUUAAUUUGGUUGUUAAAUAUUAUUACUAUUAUUAUUAUUAUUAUUAUUAUUAUUAUUAUUAUUAUUAUUAUUAUUAUUAUUAUUAUUAUCAUCAUCAUCAUCAUCAUCAUCAUAAUCAUUUCAUUUCAUUUAUUCAUUUAAUUCUUAUAUUUGUUUGGUGGUGUGUGUGUGUGUGUGUGUGUGUGUGUGUGUGUGUGUGUGUGUGUGUGUGUGUGUGUGUGUGUGUGUGUGAGAGAGAGAGAGAGAGAGAGAGAGAGAGAGAGAGAGAGAGAGAGAGAGAGAGAGAGAGAGACACUAGCUCACAAUACACAUGAACAAAUAUACUCUUAACAUGAAGGUUGCUUUUAAAACUGAAUAAAUUAAUAAAUAAAAUAAGAUUAUGUAAAGAUUAAUCCAUUAUUAUUACUAUUAUUAUUAUUAUUAUUAUUAUUAUUAUUAUUAUUAUUAUUAUUAUUAUUAUUAUUAUUACUGUUAUUAUUACCCAGAUUGAGAAACUGUGUGUGUGUGUGUGUGUGUGUGUGUGUGUGUGUGUGUGUGUGUAGCUCUCAGGGAAAUGUGGAUGGGAGGAAGGAAAAAAAUAAUAAUAAAAAAGAAAGAAAAGAAAAAAUCCGGUGAUAUUAAAAAAAGAUAAAUAAAAAAAAUAAAAAAAUAAAAAUACUCAGAGAGAGAGAGAGAGAGAGAGAGAGAGAGAGAGAGAGAGAGAGAGAGAGAGAG